AUGAAGAAAUCUAAUUAAUUUAUAUCUGGAAGUGAUGAUAAUUUAAUUAUAAUAUGGUCCAUGAACCAAAGUAAUUAAUGGGUUUGCUAAUAAAAAUUAAAUGAACAUACAAAAGGUAUUUAUUGUUUAGUGUUAAAUAAUAAUGAAGAUUUAAUCAUUUCAGGAAGUUGUGAUAAAACUAUAAAAUUUUGGAUGAACAAAAAUGGAUGGUUAUGCUAAUAGACUAUAACAGAUCAUACUGGCACUAUCUAUGGAUUAAGUUUGAAUUAGCAAUAGAACAAAGUGAUUUCAUGUGGAUAUGAUAAAUAAAUAUUAAUAAUUGAACAAUCAUAAUAGGAUUCUUAAUGGAUUGUAAUCUAAAAGAUAAAAGUUGAAACUAAUGGUUCUAGAUUAUGCUUUAUUAAUGAUAAUGUUUUUACAUUUUAGCCAGAUUCAAGCGAAUAAAUGCAUGUUUAUGAAAUAAAUGAUACAAAUAAAUAGUAUUUAAAGACUAAAGAUGUUCUUGUAAAAUAUAGUAAGGAUGGUUAUUCAUUGUUUCCGUAAUAGCAUAUAAAAUCAAAAUGGCUGCUUGUUAAUAAGAAUGGCAUUUAUGUGAAUUUGAUAAAGACAAAUGAAAACCAAGAGUUUAACAUAUAAUAAUCAAUUCAAUUUGGAUGUGCCUAUUUAUUUGGACAUUUGAGUGAUGACGGAUAAUUUUUGAUGACUUGGGAUGAUAUUUCAAAAGAAAUUCAAAUCAGAAAAUAUCAUGAAAUAUGA